CGACCCACCCAAGGGCUCAUGAAGGGAGACAAGCGCGAGGAGCCUGAGCCGGGCCCCGAACCUGCGUCCCCCCCGCCGUCCACGGACGAGGAGGAGGCCCUGCUGGAGUUCCACCACUCCUACCGGGAGCUCUUCCAGUUCUUCUGCAACAAUACCACCAUCCACGGCGCGAUCCGCCUGGUGUGCUCGCAGCACAACCGCAUGAAGACGGCCUUCUGGGCCGUGCUCUGGCUCUGCACGUUUGGCAUGAUGUACUGGCAGUUCGGCCUGCUCUUCGGAGAGUACUUCAGCUACCCCGUCAGCCUCAACAUCAACCUCAACUCGGAGAAGCUCGUCUUCCCCGCCGUCACCGUCUGCACCCUCAACCCCUACAGGUACACGGAAAUUAAAGGGGUGCUGGAGGAGCUGGACCAAAUCACAGAGCAGACGCUCUUCGACCUGUACAAGUACAACUCCUCCAACACCCUCGUGGCCCACGCCCGCGGCCGCCGCGACCUGCGGGAGUCCCUGCCACACCCCCUGCAGCGCCUGCCGGUCCCGGCUCCGCCCCACGACUCCAGCAGAGUCCGCCGAUCCGGCUCCAGCCUGGAGGAAAAUAACCCGCCGGUGAACAGGAAGGACUGGAACGUCGGCUUCCGACUGUGCAACCAGAACAAAUCGGACUGCUUCUACCAGAGGUACUCAUCAGGGGUGGAUGCCGUGAGGGAGUGGUACCGCUUCCACUACAUCAACAUUCUAUCCAGACGGCGGGACUCUCCAUUGCUGGAGGAGGAAGCGCUGGGCAAAUUCAUCUUCGCUUGCCGCUUCAACCAGUUCUCCUGCAAUGAGGCGAAUUACUCCCGCUUCCACCACCCGAUGUACGGGAACUGCUACACUUUCAAUGACAAGAACAGCUCCAACCUCUGGAUGUCCUCCAUGCCUGGGGUCAACAACGGUCUGUCCCUGACGCUGCGUACAGAGCAGAAUGACUUCAUCCCGCUGCUGUCCACGGUGACCGGGGCCAGGGUGAUGGUACACGGGCAGGAUGAGCCUGCCUUUAUGGAUGAUGGAGGCUUUAACCUGCGGCCUGGUAUGGAGACCUCCAUCAGCAUGAGCAAGGAAACCAUGGACAGACUUGGGGGUGACUAUGGCGACUGCACCAAGAAUGGCAGCGAUGUCCCAGUGGAGAACCUUUACGGUACCAAGUACACGCAGCAGGUGUGUAUCCAUUCCUGCUUCCAGGUGAACAUGGUCAGGGAGUGUGGCUGUGCCUACAUCUUCUACCCGCCGCACAGGGGUGCGGAGUUCUGUGACUACAGGAAGCAUACUUCCUGGGGCUACUGCUACUAUAAGCUCCAGGACGCCUUCUCCUCAGACCGCCUGGGCUGUUUCACCAAGUGCCGGAAGCCAUGCAGGGUGACCACCUACAAGCUCUCUGCCGGUUACUCACGAUGGCCCUCGGUGACAUCCCAGGACUGGGUCUUCCGGAUGCUGUCCCGACAGAACAAUUACACCACAAAGAACAAGAGAGAUGGGGUUGCCAAACUCAACAUCUUCUUCAAGGAGCUGAACUACAAAACCAACUCGGAGUCUCCCUCUGUCACGAUGGUCACCCUCCUGUCCAACCUGGGGAGCCAGUGGAGCCUGUGGUUCGGCUCCUCCGUGCUGUCCGUGGUGGAGAUGGCUGAGCUCAUCUUUGACCUCCUGGCCAUCACGUUCCUCAUGCUGCUCCGGAGGUUCCAAAGUCAAUACUGGUCUCCAGGCCGAGGGGGCAGGGGAUCCCAGGAGGUGGCCUCCACUCCAGCCUCCUCCCUCCCCUCCCGUUUCUGCCCCCACCCCGCGUCCCCAUCCUCAUCCCCGCCGGGCCCGGCCACCUCCCUGGCCUUGUCAGCCCCUCCACCUGCCUAUGCCACCCUGGGCCCCCGCCUGGCUCUAUCAGGCUCCACGGAGGCCAGCUCCUCUGCCCACACUCCGGGGGAGCCCUGA